CCAACCAUGAGGUGGUUAGUAGCACUUACAUUGCUAGCCGCUGCUAGCAUCUGCAGCAGCCAAGCGGAACAAGAAGUCGCCAUCGCCAACGCAUUGCCAAGGCCGGUAGGAGUAGUUUAUCUCCUGGACAUUAUUUCACCACCAAGGCAGAAACCAGAAGCUUUCGACUAUGAAUCUUCCAACCUCAUUAGUGACGGUCCAAGCUACGGAAAGAAGCAUUCGUACUUGCUGAUUCGCCCUAUCCCUGCUGAGGAUACCAGAGAUGCUGCUCCAAAAUACCUAGUUCGUCAACGACGAGGCACGUAUGGUAAAGGCGGCGGCGGAUUUGGCGGAGGUGGUGGUGGAGGCGGCGGUGGCGGCGGUGGAUUCGGUAAAGGCGGUGGCGGUGGAUUCGGAGGAGGCGGUGGAUUUGGAGGCGGUGGUGGCUUAGGAGGCGGUGGUGGAUCAGGCGGUGGCCUAGGUGGUGGUAGUGGCCUAGGUGGUGGUGGUGGUAAAGGAGGAUUUGGUGGGGGUAGCCUCGGUGGAGGAGGCGGCAACUUCGGAGGAGGUGGAGGUCACCAAGGAGGAGGAGGAGGUUUCGGCGGAAGUCAUGCAUCAGCAUCAGCAUCAGCUCAAGCUUCUGCUGGAUCACAUGGUGGAGGAUAUGGCAAAUAACAGAUGUGGAUGAACAGUGGCCCAUGGAAAAUUCUACAAAAUUGAAUUGAAAAUGAAUAAAAACCAAUCUUCAAAAAUUACUGUCAAUUUGGUUAUUUUUUAAAUAAAAUGUUAAAACUAC